AUGAUGUUUUCUUCAAUUCUUGCAUUGCUGGCAGCUUCAGCUUCAGCACUCAAAUGCCACCCCGAAGGCCCCAUUCUCCCCAAACCUACAUCCCUCGCAAGAUCACCAAUCUUUACUUCCGCAGCACUCAACUUAACAAACAUUCUCGACGCAGCCAUCGCUGGUAACAUCACAGCAGAUGGCUUCUCAGAGUUCUACUUCCUCAAAGACCUAUUCCUCACAUACGGUCUCCCCCCAAUUGACGAAGAAGACUAUCCACCAUGUGGUGUCACGACUCUCAACAAAGCAUGCAACCGUCAAGAAAUCCUCGAUGGAAUGAAGAAGUCUUAUCCCCAGACUACUCCCAACGAAAGACCCGCCUAUUCAAACAUGGCUUUCGUGCUCCUCGGCAUGGCUUUAGAGGAAUACACAGGCAAGAACUUUACGCAGUUACUCAAAGAGGUUACAGGUCCAUUGGAAAUGAGUAAUACCUUCCCGUCGCCGGGAUAUGACGAUAAGGCUGUUAUUCCUCCUGAUAGCAGUUGGGGUUCAGACUAUGGACUAAACACUCCGGCGGGUGGUUUAGUUUCAUCUCUAUCAGAUCUCUCCAAAUUCUCCCACGCUCUUCUGUCCCGAACUUUACCUCUAACACCCUCCCAAAUAAACGGCUGGCUUAAACCCUCUUCAUUCGCAGGCAACGCACACACCCUGAGCGGCAUGCCCUGGGAAAUCCUCCGUUUGGAUACUCUAACACCCGAACAUCCUCACACGGUUACAAUCUACAGCAAAUCAGGAGGUGCGCAGAACUACAGAAGUCAACUGAGUUUCAUAGACGAGUACGGACUAGCCAUCGUUGUCUUAACAGCAGGACCGAUGAAAGCAGCGCCUAUUCUUGCUGAUGCUGUUAUAUCCACGUUUGUUGGGGCUGCAGAUGAUGUCGCUAGGGUUCAAGCGAAACGGUAUGAGCGAGUUUAUAAGAACGACGAUGUAGAGGCCGUGUUGGAACAAGAUGGCGACUCGAUGGUUCUGGCCUCUUUACGACGCAACGGUACAGAUAUCGUUUCAUCACUAAAGGAUGUAUGGGGUCUAACACUGGGAGACUUCCUUCCCGGCAUCGGAGACAAGAUUCGAGUUUUCCCAAGUGAACUGCGCGAUGAGGGAAAGGAAGUAUGGCAUCUAUGGCCAGACCUUGACGCAGGCUUCAAAACGGACCUUCCAGGUGGCAUGAUUGAAGAGAUGAACUGUGUUGGAUGGACGAUUCAGGAUUGGGUUCACUAUGGUGGUGAGCCGUUGGAUAGAGUGCUCUUCCAUGUUGAGAAUGGAGUGCUUGGGUUUGAGGUACCGUUUUUACGAUCGGGGGUUAUGUAUCCUUCAAAAUGA